AUGUCCACCCACAGCUCACCGCUGGACGGGUUCGAGGCCAUUGACCACGAGCCCGACAGCCUCUACUCGAUGUCCUCAGUCAAUGAGAGUCCCUCCGGCUGGGGAGGGUCUUCUGUGACCGGCUCCUCGCCGGCUAUAAGCCACCCCGAGGAGUCUGCCCAGCUGGAUUCGUGCAAGUUCAUCAAUGAGAAGCUCGAGGAGCAGGCAAAUCACCUGCAAGCGCGCCUAGAGCGCCUGGAGGAGGCCAAGCAGUCGCUACUGGAUCAGCUGGCCGAGAGUCGGCUCCAGCUGUCGCACCGCGAGAGUGAUCUCACGCAUACUCGAGAACUGUUGGUGGCCACUCAGCGCGACUUGGCUGACGUUGGCUCUCGAUUGACUCAGGUCGAGCGCCAAUCCAAGUCCCAGUCGCAAACCAUCACCAACCUACGAGCCGACCUGGCCCAGGCCAAUGCCCGGGCCGGUGACAUGGAGCAGCAGCUUACCUCGCAGGAGAAGAAGACUGCCAGCCAAUUGGCCGAGAUCACCAACCUCCGGCGGUCGCUCCGGCACACGGAGCGGCUGCUCUCGUCCGAGGUCGAGGACAAGGGACAUCUUGAGGCCGAGAUCGAUACUCUCCGGCCACUGACGGCCGAGGUGUCACGCCUGCGCCGGAACAACCGCAUCCUUGAGCGGACCCUGCGGCAGCAGCAAAGCGCCGCCGAAGAUCGCUUCGCCCAGCUGAGCAGCACCCCUCCGGGCGCCGGGAUCACCGGGGCCGACCCCUGGCUGGGCAUGUCCCCACGGGCCAGCGCGCUGGCCGAUCCGAAUCUCCAGCUUAGCCCCUCCUUCCGGGACUCGCCCAGUCGGCGGCUCACCUGGCAGGCCAGCAGCAAUCGCCUGGUCAUGAAUGAGGUUCGCCAGUGGGAUCUGCCCGGCAUGGGGGACAUGGACGGGGACAGCAUGGAUGACGAGGAGGAUGUGUCCGAGCCGACGUCCCCCUCGAGCGGCCGGGCAGCCGGUGCCAUGGCCGGGGUCCUGAGCCCGGACCCGGCCAUCGCCGCAGCCGCCGAGGCCACUCACGCGGCAGCCCUCCUGCGCGAGGCGGACAUCCUGGUGCAAGCGUCGCUGCAUGGCGCGCCGGAUGCCCUGCUGGCGGAGGGCCUGGUCUCGGACCCAGGCUCCCUGGUGGAUGCCCCGCCCGAGGAGACAGCCUCCAUGCCUUCCUCGCCCUCGCUGUCCCUCUUCGAGACGGUCGGCGAUUUUGAGGAUGAUUUCUCCUCGCUCCACCAACUGCCCCAUGCGCAGGAUGCCAUCGAGGCUUCGGCCUCGACCUCGGGUUCGACCCCGGCCCCCCCCAAGACCAAGGCUCCCUCCACGGCGGCGGCGGCUCGCCGAAACCAAGUUGCCCCGGCGGUGGUGCCGGCCUCGGCGUCGGCCCUGCCUCCGGCCUCGCGGGUGCUUGCCUCGAAUGAUGUCGCGCAGUCAUUGCUCCAUGCGAUGCGUGAGCUGUCGGCCUCGAAUUUCAAGCUGCACCAGCAGGCUCUGCGAGAUUCGGAACUGUUGUCACAAGCACGCGCCGAGGCCGAGGCGUGGCGCUUGGCGGCCCAGCGCCGGGCAUCGGUUCUCGGCGCGGCGGCCGUCGGCGACUGGCUGACCGAAGAGGAAUAUGCGCAGCAGCAGGAGCAGCAGGAGCAGCAGGAGCAUGGGCACCCGUUGGGCAUCCUUCAGGAUGCCGGGUCAUCGGAUGCCGAGCAGUUUUCCUCCUUCGAUAUGUACCUUGGAGAAUCGAACACCGGGACGGCUGGUGGUGAUGCUGCUGCUGCUGCUGCUGCUGCUGCUGGCAGUGCCCGGCCUGGCUCGCUGGCGGUGGAGUUCGCGGCCGCCGGCGAAGUCUUGCCUGAGGGCUCGGCCCCGGCGGGUGUGCCCUCCUCGCCGUUGCGCCUGUCGCCGGUUCGCCGGCCGGAGCACAUCGUACAAACGCCGAUCCGCGCGAGCGUCAGCAUGGCGAACCUGGGCUCCAGCCGGGGUCAGCAUCCAUCGGCCGCCCUGGGGUCUGUCCUGCCGUCCCUGCCGGCCUACCCGCUGACCGUCAGCAGUCUCGAUCUGCCGGACGAGUCGCGGCCCACUUCACCGGCGGUCCCGCUCGUCGGGGGGCCUGCUGCCGGGCUUCUGCCCGAGCCGUCCGGUGGCCCCGAUGUCGCCGGUGAGGCGGCUCUUCCACGCUCGAUGUCGGACUAUGAUGAUCGGCUGGUCGAUUCGGCCUCCGACCCGGUCUCGGACGCGGGGCCUGGCACUGCGGCCGGUGCGGCCGGUGCGGCCGGUGCGGCCGGUGCGGCUGCCCCGAGCCCUGCCCCGGUCCGGCGUGACCGCCCUGGGCUACCGCUGCCAACCAGCAGCCGGCCGGCGUCCGUGCCAUGGGCUCCCACCACCACCACCACCACCACCACCACCACGCGCCUGGUCAAUCAUGCGCCUCCCACGUCCCCCGGAUCCGAGGACCCGGUGGACCUGUCGACCGUCUUCAGCCGGACCAGCCCCCCGCCCUGUCCGCGAACCGUCAGCGAGAUGAUCUCCCUGGCGCGGGACAUUUCCGAUCGACUGGCGCUCACGUCGCCGGUGCGACUGAACCGCUCGCUGGCCGUCACCACUCGGCAGGCUCUGCUCAGUGUUUCCGGCACCGGGGCCAGCUCGGGGGAUCUGGCCUCCAAUGCCCAGACCGUGCAGGCGUUCGACACCCGGACCGUCAAUGCCAUGUCCAACUACAUCAUCAGCAACAUCAUCGACGACAUCGAGGUGUCCCUCGUCGCUCCCAGCCGUGCAAGCAUCCUGCAGCGCUCGACGCAGGCCAGCCCGGCCCGAUCCCCCACGCUGGGAGAUCCCCUGCUGGCGGCGGACCCGGCCGAAUCCGAGCAGCUUGCUCGGCUGGCGGCACUGCUGGCGCGUUUGCUCAAGGAGCAGGCCUCCCUGCGGCAGGACAUCAACGACUACGCCAUGACCUAUGUGGACAAGCUGGACAGCUUGGCCAACGACGCGCUCAACUCCCCGCUGAAAACCCGCCGGGACAGCAUCUCCGCCAUCAAGGCCUCGGCCUCGGCCCAAUGCUUGAUCAUGUAGCAGGGCGGCCGGGUCUUCGCGCUCUUGUGCCGGCCGCCAGCGCGUGCAGGCCUGGGGAGAAAAAUAAUACAAAAUCCACAAAUGGGA